GAAAUUUCAAAGGGUCAAUUGUGUAUUGCCAUAUAGUACACGUUAAUGGUGUUAUGUCAUUGAAUUGACGACAUCAUGCUUACUAAAUAUAUAUGCGAGUACUAUUUAAAGAAGUCAGGUAUUAGUCGUCUUAUCUCGUUUAAGGAAGAUAAAGAUGGCUGGAGGAGGAGGAGGAGGGCUGGACUUUAAGGCUACACCAUCAUGGGUGAUAGGAUCAGUAGUUUUUGUGAUUGUUGUUAUUUCUUUGGUCAUCGAAAAAUUUCUGAGUUACCUUGGCAAGUUAUUGAAGAGAAAGGAGAAGAAACCUCUUAAUCUGGCCUUGAAGAAGAUCAAGGAAGAGUUGAUGCUAUUGGGGUUUAUAUCUUUGCUGCUUACUGUUUUUGGAGAUAAGGUUCAUACGGUGUGUAUACCAGAAAAACUUGCUAAAAAAUGGCUCCCUUGUAAUGAUGAUUCGGUUCCUGCCGGUCUUAUCACAGGAGGAAAACGCGGCCUUUUAGCUGGCAGUAGUGAGUCUAACUGCGACCAGGGAAAGGUACCUUUCAUAUCGAGUGGUGUCCUUCAUGACGUUCAUUACCUCAUCUUUAUAUUAGCAGUUGUCCACGUACUGAGCUGUAUCCUGAUAGUUCUUCUUGGAGAGAUGAAGCUGCAGAUAUUUCAGUGGCGGAAGUGGGAAGAUGCUAUUAGAACGCAGAUUGAUGCAGAUUAUGGUAACAAUCAGAGAGUACUAGAUGUUAGAAACCUCUCAUUUGUCAAGGACCGGUUUGAUGGUAAUGAUGCCAAGUACUGUAAUUAUGUGAUUUCAUUCUUCAAGCACCUUGCUGGGAUUGUAACAAAAGCCGACUACACAGCUAUGAGAACAGGCUUCAUUUUGACCCAUUGUGAUGGAAAUCUAAGGUUCAACUUUCACAAAUACAUCGUAUAUGCAUAUGAAGCAGACUUUAAUAAAAUUGUGUCUAUCAGUUGGUUCAUGUGGCUGUUUGUGGUUAUCUCAUUGACACUGAAUGUUUCUGGUUGGAAUAUAUAUUUUGCGAUUGCGUUUAUCCCCUUUAUUCUCUUACUAGUAGUUGGCACCAAACUGGAACAAGUGAUCACAGAGCUAGCUAUCUAUAUAGCUCAGAGGAAUACUGUCGUUUUCGGAGAACUAAGAGUUCAACCAUCAGAUGACUACUUUUGGUUCAACAAACCCAAGAUUGUCCUGUUGUUGAUCCACACCAUACUUUUCAUUAAUUCAUUUGGGUCUGCAAUCUACUUCUGGACAUGGUUUAAAUUUGGUUUACACUCUUGCGAAAUGGGCACACCAAUAUUCGCGCUCUCAAGAAUCAUUUUAAUGUUGUUGGUUCAAACCAUUUGCAGUUACAGUACUUUACCGCUCUUUGCUAUUGUCACACAGAUGGGAAGUUCAUACAAUAAGGAGGCUAUGGAAAGAUAUGGCAGUGGGUUUAACAGACCUAAUGCCAUUGCAGACCGGACUGCAGAAGGAGCCAAUGCAGCAGCAUCAAUUGAGAUGGCCAAUCACCAGGAACAACAUUGAAUUAUUUCAAACUGCAAUCGAUGUUAUGCGAGACUAGUUGUAAGCCGCUUAUAAAUAAGACUUAAGAAUGUCAUGCGUGAAAAUGUAUAAAUUAGCACCAUUGCAGUGUUACAAGGUCUUGCAGAUUGGAUAUAUACUACAUAGUACAUGUUUAUAUAAGAGUUUUAUUUUUUCCUAGAGCAAA